CAAUUACAUGGAUAGUUCCCACUAGUCUUCCAGUCUCCCAAAUUCCAAGUCAACAGGGGUGUUACUAUAUUGCAAACAAUGAAUUCCGAACCUCUAAACGAUUCAACACUCUUUUUUUUUUUUUUGAGUGAAAGGCAUAGUUUAUUGCCGACAAAAAACCGAAGUUACAAACCAGAACUUACACAGCCAAGGCCCCAAACGAAAUAUACAACAAAAAGGUGGGCCUUCCGGACAAAGCGGUCUGAGCCUAACCAAGAGAUUAGGCCCAAAAACAUAAACAGACUAAAAGAAAUAGAAAACCCUAGUCUACUGCAACUCCCGCCGCCGCAGCACCUCUCGAUCAUCAUGUUCCAUGAAACCCAACGAAUGCCAUAGAUUCGACCAACCGACGCCUCAGAGGUUGAAGUAAGGAAGAUGCCAUCAUCCAUCAAAGAAGACCUCUCCGAUUGCAGCCACCAAGUAGAAACAACAACGAAGGAAGCUAGUGGGAUCUCCACUUGCGACACUGCCAACAAAGGCAGAAGGAGGUGGUGCGAACACCCGAGCCGGUGGGAACACCGGAGCUCUACACACCUUCUCGAUAUACCGCAACAGAUUGCGGUUGAAAGUGAUGGCGAAUCGGCUAAGGUAAGGUAUUGAUGAAAGAUGGAACCAAAUUAGAAGGAACAAAACGAAUUGAAAAAGGAUGGAGAAGGAAAGAGUGAUUAUUAGGACAUCGGCUAAUAGGAUCGACAGCAUGUGGGGUGGAAAGAACAAACAGAGGGAAAGGAGAACUGGGCCAGAACAGGAGCAGGAGGUAAGGGAGAGAACAGCAAAACACAGAAAGAAAAGACUGCCACCGACCCUAGCCAUAGCUAAGGCCGGCGGCUAAAUGGAAAACAGGAUCUGGAAACCCUCACACAAAGGGGGGAAGAAGAACUCUCACUCACGGAGAGAAAGGCUCUCACUUACGGAGAGAAAAAGUCCGGCUUUUUUAACAAUUCAACACUCUUUGGUCUGAAGAGGAAGAGUAGAUUUUCUUAUUGUUCUUCCUUUGCGGCGCUUUCUUCUUGUUGAUCAGCUCGGAAUUUUCGGAUGGCUCCGGUGGCUUUGUUUAUUCUCGCCAUUCUUGCUCACCUUGUGGUUCUGCACUCUGCUGAAUAUUCAGCAGAGGAACCCGCCAAACUUUGUCCAGUCCACUUCUGCAGUAGCUCAGCAGGCAACAUCAGCUUCCCCUUCAAAAGGCGGGAAGAUCCUCCUGAAUGUGGAUUGUUCACAGUCGAUUGUUCAGUACCCACUCGGACAACGAUCCAAUUGAAAGAGGGAGGAUACUGGUAUGAAUUCCAAGGCCCUUUAUCAACUACGUUUUUUAUCAACGACAAAGACCUUGCCGACCACUUAGAAAAAAAUCACUGCAAUGACGGAGUUUUGGACGACUUGAGUCUUCCCAGGGCUUCUCCAAUCCCUGAAGUAUCAUUAUUCACACACACACUGACCCUUUUCAAAUGCAGCACCACCUUAGACAAAAAUUCUUUUCCACAACUUAACGAUGCCUGCAGAGAUGCUUCCCAUACUUAUUAUGUGGCUUCAUCUUACAGUAGUUUGCCUAGCUCCCCGCCGCCAGGGUGUGCAACCAUUCAGGUCCCCAUACUUCCGUCUCCGCCUCAACCCAUCACGUUGUCUUCAUUGACUGCUGAGUUUUCCCUCGAAGUGGAAGCACGAAAAUGUUAUCAAUGUCGUGAAAGAAAAGUUCAUAUUGCCGGAGAUACGCAGUUGAAAUUGAAGCUAGGACUAGGAAUUGGCCUUGGGUUUUCUACACUUCUUGCAAUAUGCAUAUUUCUUCUCUUGCUUUGCAAACAAAAACGCUCAGGUUUAUGUUACCGUCGUCCUAGUUGUCUGCUGUUUCUUUUGGAAAGGGUGAAUCCAAAACAUCAAAUUGUUGAGGCCUUUCUAAGGAGCUAUGGGCAGCUUCAAGCUCAAAGGCAUAGCUAUUCGGAGGUCAAGAAAAUGACCAACUCCUUCAAAGAAAAGUUAGGACAAGGAGGCUAUGGUGCUGUUUACAAAGGAAAGUUAAAGGACGGCCGUCUUGUAGCAGUGAAGGUCUUGACCAAACUUAAAGGAGACGGAGAAGAAUUUAUGAAUGAAGUGGCAGCCAUUAGUCGAACUUCCCAUGUCAACAUCGUCUCCUUGUUGGGCUACUGUUUUGAACAUUCGAAGGGGGCUCUGAUCUAUGAAUUCAUGCCUAAUGGAUCGCUCGAGAAGUUCAUAUUUGAUGCAAGUACUCCCAAGAAUGAUCAUCAUCACUUGGGAUGGGAAACUCUGGAUCAAAUUUCACUUGGUAUUGCUCGAGGAUUGGAGUACUUACAUCGUGGUUGCAACACACGAAUUUUGCAUUUUGACAUCAAGCCUCACAACAUUCUUCUCAGUGAAAAGUUCACCCCAAAAAUCUCAGAUUUUGGCCUUGCCAAAAUAUGCAACAAGAACGAGAGCAUUGUGUCGAUGUUGGGAGCUAGAGGUACAGCAGGUUACAUUGCUCCUGAAGUAUUUUCUAGAAACUUUGGAAAGGUUUCACACAAGUCUGAUGUGUACAGCUACGGAAUGAUGCUUUCAGAAAUGGUUGGAGGAAGAAGGAACAUCGACACUGAAGUUGAAAAUACAAGUGAAAUAUAUUUUCCGCAUUGGAUUUACCAACGUCUUGAACGGAACGCAGAGCUUGGUCUACGGAGUGUUACGAACGAGGAAGACAAAGUAAGAGCGAGGAAGAUGAUCAUAGUGAGCUUGUGGUGCAUACAAACUGAUCCUUCAAACCGGCCAGCGAUGAAGGAAGUGAUAGAUAUGUUGGAAGGGAGUGUUGAUUCGUUGCAGAUACCACCCAAGCCUUACUUGUCUUCUCCUCCAAAAUCCCAGGCAGAUUCUUCUACUACAUUGGUAUCAAUACAAUAGAAACCCUGUAUUUUACUUGAACGAAUAUGUGCUUUCUGAGGCAAUCUAAAUAAUGAAGUAUGCAUUUCAUUUUUGUUUUUUUUGUUUUUUUCUGUAUAUGAAUGAAUCAACACAGUAGGAGUGUCACUCCUACUACCGCUCCGGCAAUCAUAUAUAUAUUCAACACAAAA